UUCCCUGCUAGUGCGUCUAAAGUUAAGAAGUGAAGGUUAUUUUCUGUCUAUUUUGAUUUUCACGUAGAUUUUUAUCGGUUUUCAAUAUAAUCUAACCACUGCUAUGUUAUCCAGUGAAAAAAUACCGUCUAACAUAGCUCGAUUGCAAAAUGGCACAGCGUUUUCCUGUGCCAAAUACAGGAAAUAAUGGCCCACCAUCACAGCGAUAUCCUCCUCCUUCCGUACCACCAAAUCUGAGACAAUAUUCUGGCCCCAACUUCCCGGUAGGCAAGAUGCAGCAAAGGUCAGGUUUUACCCCACCUCCACAAAUGGGCAGCGGAGGCCCAGGACCUGGAGGAAUGAUGAGGCCAAACCAACCAUACACUAAUAUGCGCCAAGGGCCUAUGCCCACACCUCCAGGAAGUAAAAGAUCUGCUGAGCAACGGAUACCCAUAUCUCAGCAAAAACCCCUACACUGUUCUGGAUUAGAGCUCAAACUAAGGUAUUUUUGGAACAGUGAUUUCUCACAUUCCACGUCUAAGAAGAAGAAGAAACUGGCAGACAAAAUUCUACCUCAAAAAGUACGCGAUCUGGUGCCUGAGUCACAGGCAUACAUGGAUCUGCUUGCUUUUGAGCGUAAACUUGAUGCUACCAUCAUGCGCAAACGUUUGGAUAUCCAAGAAGCCCUGAAACGUCCUAUGAAACAAAAACGAAAGUUGAGAAUCUUUAUAUCUAAUACUUUCUACCCAGCUAAAGAAGCUGGCGAAGGAGAAGAAGGUUCUGUUGCUUCGUGGGAACUUCGGGUUGAAGGAAGACUCCUAGAUGAUACGAAAAAUGACCCUAACAAGGUCAAGAGAAAAUUUUCAUCUUUCUUUAAAAGCUUGGUAAUAGAGCUAGACAAGGACUUGUAUGGGCCAGACAAUCAUCUAGUUGAAUGGCAUCGUACGCUGACAACUCAGGAGACUGAUGGUUUUCAAGUUAAAAGACCUGGUGAUAAGAAUGUUAGAUGUACAAUUCUGUUGCUGCUUGAUUAUCAACCACUGCAGUUCAAGCUCGAUCCUCGUUUAGCUCGCCUACUUGGUGUUCACACCCAAACUCGGCCAGUCAUCAUCUCGGCUCUCUGGCAGUAUAUAAAAACACACAAACUUCAAGAUGGACAUGAACGUGAAUUUAUAAACUGUGACAAAUAUUUGGAGCAAAUAUUUGCUUGUCCAAGAAUGAAAUUUGCUGAAAUACCUCAACGCUUGAACCCGUUACUUCAUCCACCGGAUCCAAUUGUUAUUAAUCAUGUCAUUAGUGUAGAAGGUACAGAGACAAAGCAAACUGCGUGCUAUGAUAUCGAUGUUGAAGUAGAUGAUACUCUCAAGACCCAGAUGAACAAUUUCUUGUUGUCGACUGCAAGUCAGCAGGAAAUUCAAAGCCUUGAUAACAAAAUUCACGAGACAGUGGAAACUAUAAACCAGUUGAAAACAAAUCGAGAGUUCUUUUUGAGCUUUGCAAAAGAUCCACAGCAGUUUAUCAACAAGUGGAUUAUAUCACAGACUAGAGACUUGAAGACAAUGACAGAUGUUGUCGGCAACCCUGAGGAAGAGCGUAGAGCUGAUUUCUACUAUCAGCCUUGGGCUCAAGAAGCAGUAUGUCGAUACUUUUACACUAAAGUUCAACAAAAGCGUGCAGAGUUAGAACAAGCUCUCGGAAUUCGCAAUUCAUAAACCUCAAAUUAUCCCAUAAUUGCCAACGGUAUCGUCAGUUAGGCAUGCACUUGCCAACCUGUACACUUUCCUGAACUACACGGUUUAUACGAUACUUUUUUAUGUGCUCAUACGUAAUCAAAGCGAACGAUCCAAACGAUUAAGGAAGUUCUGUGAAUUUUAUUACAUGAUUAUAAUAACUAAAAUCAAAUCGAAUGAAUUGUAGCCAAAAUUACCCAAAUAUAACUUUUAGUGGCACGGCAUUACUGACUUAUUAUAAUACAUCGGCGGAAUAUAUGACUAUUGCCUCAAGUAAAAGUCAAGCAGUUAAAAAAAGUUGAUACGACUAUAAAAAAAUGGUAUCAGACUUUAUAAUUGUAAUAAAAUCCAUACAAUAGAUAAAGUCAAACUUUUAAAUUUCGGUUAUACUGCGUACUAAAUUAUCACAAAUUGCUAAUGAUUGAUGCUAUUCAAAGUAAGAAAUACAUCAACUGGAUCUGCUGCACUUUUCAAUCAUAUUUAACAAUCAUUCAGAAAAGUAUCAUGAACAUUGAACAGUAUUUAUAACAUUUAAUAUUUUUGCUAAUUUUAAUUUUCCUCCGUUCAUUCAAUAUUAGAUUCAUCAUCAAUAUAGCCACAUUAUUGCAAGCCAAACCUUUGUGGUACGUUCACAAUAAUAAUUGAAGUAAAGUACGUGAGUCUUUCAUUGGGUAUUGAAAAAAAAUCCUAAACAAUAAGUCAUGAUUAUACACAUUAUAACAAAUAAAUAAUAUUGAGAUACA